AUAUUUACUCUACAUUGUUAUAGCAUCAUCAUAUAAAUCAAUCCAGCUCAACUCAACCUAAUGAAUUUCUGUUUGCCUUGGAAGGAAGACAAAAGCAGUAGGCAUUGAGUGUGAGUUUGACAAAAAUUUGUGAAGAGUACAGUACAGACUCCUGCAUAUAUCUUUAUAUGACCAUCUACUGGUCCUAAGUUCAAAGUUUCAGAGAAAACGACAAGUACUGAUGACGCCGAAGUAAGCCAUUUCGGCAGUACCUUGUGUUUCCGCUUUAUAUUCUCAUGCUUAGCCGACGUGUCCCGUUUGAGAACCUUGUGUUUUUAGGGUUCAUUGACAUAGAAAAUCUGAAAACUCGCGUCGAUCGGUUGAGUAUUGAAAGUGGAUACCUGUAAACCGACAUUAAUGAAGGCCGCCCAUUGUUUUUGGGAUGACUGUCGUCAUUGUUUUAAAGGGUGCUCGAUCUUUAUCCCUGUAAACCUCAUCACCCACCAUGUCCUUUCUUCCAAACGUUGCAUCAAGUUCCCUGAAGACCGCCACACCCAUCAUGUCCUUACAGCUCUCUAACGGUGGCAACGACGUAGCAUCGGCCAUUGGUAAUGGCAGCAGUACUUCUGAGUCCGAGCUCCUGAGCUUCCAGAGGUUUUUCGAGCACUGGAUCGUGGAGCAGAACAAAAACCUCCAGGACCUCAUAUCUGCAUCCAAACACCACGAACAAGCUAACGCCAGUAACAUGGCUGCAAAAUCAAAGGAUCGAGCUGAUCGUGAUGAGGUUCGGAUCAUAGACAAGCCCCACUUUUGCCCGCUCAUCGACCGGGUCAUUCAGCAUUACGAGCAAUACUAUCAGGCCAAGUCAAGGUGCGCCAAGCACGAUGCGAUAGGUGUGCUGAGAGCCCCAUGGACAAGCGCACUCGAGAACGCGUUCAUGUGGAUAGGAGGGUGGCGACCCAGCAUGGCUUUUCAUUUGCUCUACUCCAAGUCCGGACAGCAAGCCGAGGAGAAACUAGCCAGUUUUGUUCAAGGGAUGAAUAGUCGUGGCGAUUUGGGGGAUCUCUCGCCGAGUCAACUGAGCAAGGUCGACGAGUUGCAGAGGAGAACCAUUAGGGAGGAGAGAGAAAUCACGGAGAAGAUGGCGAAGCACCAGGAAACGGUAGCGGACUCGGCAAUGGUUGAGUUGUCACAUGCGGUGACGGAGUUGAUAAGGAGCGAGGGGGAAGGCAGGAGGAGUGGUGGGAUUGAGAAGGAGCGAGUCGAGUCGGUUCUGGCGUUGAAGGAGGAGGGCUUGGAGAAGAUCUUGCAGAGAGCAGAUGAUCUACGGUUGAGAACGCUAAAGGCGAUUCUCGAUGUUUUUACUCCAAUCCAGGCCGUCCAUUUCUUGAUUGCAGCUGCUGAGUUGCACCUGAGAUUACAUGACUGGGGCAUGAAGAAGGAUGGCACUGCCGGCCAUUGAUCCCAUCCCACUUUGGGAAUUAACAAAAUGUUUUUUUAUUUUUGGUCCUUUUUUUUAUUUUUUAUUUACCCUUUUUCGAGUAGAAAAUUAGUUGUCGUGUGAGAGUAUUGGUUUAGAUAAGUUUUAGGUAUAAUUUGGGUAAUUGAACACUUUUUUUUAGGUUUUAGCUAAAUUUGAAUUCCAUAUUAGAUUAGUUAAUCUCUUUCUCUUUACUAAUGUAAUAUUAUUAUUAUUUAUUUAUUUAUUUGCUUUUUU